GGCAGACGGCUUACAGUUCUGAAUGAACUACAAGGGCGCUGAUGAGCAGGGCUGUAGCAAUCGUACCCUCAGAGAUGGACGCGGUGCAACCAUUUUGCUCCAACCUCCAUCUUGGCAAAGGAUCAUACAUCUUGUACAAAUAUAUCUUUCCUCAUCCCCCUCCCUCUCUGAGAUGUGGUCGGUGUGUGUUGGAAGUGUCACAGGCAGGCCAGAGCACAGCAGGAAGCUCCGAGCUAUAAAACCUCUCUGAGAUGGAUGCCGGACU